UUUGUACUGGAUCAUUAAUAUUCUAUUUAUUUUUAUUUCACCCUUCGAUUAUUUGAUUUUAAAUAACUAUUUUAAGAAUAGUUUAUGAUAGUGUCAAAAGUUUUUCAUUUAUAAUUUUAUCCAAUUUAGAUUAGAUCUCAGUCCAAUUAUAAAUCAAAUGAAACUAUACACGCGUGAAUUGAUAUUAUAUUUUGCUGAUCAAUUAAUAAAAUCUACGAGGGAAAUGAUGCAUCGGCAAGGGGAUAAAUUUGACACUUUUAAAAUGCUGACAAAUGAUGAUAUAAGAAAUAGUGAAGAUUUUUACAAAAAUCUUUAUAUAAUAGAAGAAAUUAGAACAGAACAAGUGAACGUUGAGAUAUUUUUUCAAAACUUAAACCACCGUAUUUAUAUUUUGGAAGAAAUGGGAGUUAUUAUGUCUUAUGAAGAUCUGACAUAUAUUUCAUAUAUACAGGAUGACUGGACAAUGUUACAACACAUUGCUUCAGAAAAGAAAUUAUUUUUAGAAAAAGCCAAACUAAUUUGGUCCCAUACCGUUAAAAUCAAUAUUGAAAUGUUUACAGUCAGUAUAGACACAUUUUUGGAAAAAUAUGAUCAGUGUGGCCUUAAGAAAAUUAAAGAUGACUUAGAUUUAGGACUUAUUUUAAUGAAUGUUUGUAAAGUAUUAAUCAUCUUUUGUAGUUUUGUAGUUGAAUAUUUUAAUAAUACAACUAUGUUUAUUAUUUUAGGAAUAUGACUGCAAAUUUACUGAUUUUAUGAAAACAAAAGAAAAAUUAGUUAAGGAGGAAGAACUAUUUAAUUUAAAAUUAUUAAAUACAGAUCGAUUUGAUAGUUAUUAUUCCGAGUUUCAAUAUAUGAAGCUAGUAUACUCAUUGUACAAAGCACAAAAGUCGGACAUUGAAAAGUGGUCAAAAAUAUCAUGGUUUGACAUCGAAAUAGAAUUUGUUCGUGAAGCAUUUGGUGCCCUUAUGUUAAAAUUUAAGACCCUGCCUAUCUUAGCACAAGAUACACACCCUGCAAAGAUUUUAGCAAACUAUUUA